ACUGCGCUCCAGAGAGCGGUUAGCGCAUUAUCACGCGUUUCGCCGGCCCGCGCGUGGGAUGCCGUGCAAGUCCGCUGCAUAAGAGUGGACAGGUGUAGCACCCCGUGUUGAGUGAAGAAUCAGAAGAGAAAAUGCCAAAAGAGAGAGAGAAAACACACACACACACACAUUAUGAUAGUACCUGAUUUGUGAGCGGGCAUCAGCCACUGCUGCGCUCUGUGUCUGCAGCCGUGGAGGGUUCCCCCCACCACCACCCCCACCACCCCUCCCGCUGUAAUAUUUAUGACAAAACGGAGGCAAAUUAUUCUGGUCACGUUUUUGGCUGACAGCCGGCUGUCCCGGAGAGCGCUGGAGUGAAUCGGUGUCCAGUGCUGGAGAUAGCGCAGCGCACCGACACCUGCAGUAGGAUGUACAGGGAAUUCCCACUCACCAAACUGAGAAUCAACCACAGAUCUGACUGUCGUCCUCACUGCUGUCUCGUUUGACCCGGGGGAAAAGGAAAGACAGAGCAUGGUCUGGUGUUGGGGCCACUGUUGCUAUGUGUGAAGGAGUGCUGUGGCGUCAAUGGAGACCGAAGGCUAUCGUGACCUCCUGGAGACCAGUGAUGGUCAGGGGGUAGGCCUGCUGGAUGGAGGGGGCGAGGUGGGUGUGGAGGAGGGUUGGAGCACGCCCUAUCCUCUGGGAUUCCAGGUAUCUUUGACCACUGUGCUGAUGCUGGAGCUGGUGCUGGGCUUCAGUAGCAAUCUGACCGUACUUGUGCUCUACUGUGCUCAGUCCAACCUAGUGGACUCAGUCAGCAACCUAGUCACAGUCAAUCUACAUGUGCUGGACAUACUGGUCUGCGUGCUGUGUCUGCCACUGACUGUGGCUGUGAUCCUGGUCCCAGCUAAUGGAAGCGGAGUCAGCAGCCUGGCUACGCUGUGCUGCUUUCACGAGGCCUGUGUCACGUUCACCAGCGUGGCCACAGCGGUCAAUGUGCUUGUAAUCAGUUUGGACCGAUACGACAUCUCAGUGCGCCCAGCCAGCCGUCUGCUGACCCCGAGGCGUGCUGCGCUGCUCCUGGCAGCAGUGUGGGCCGUGUCUCUGGCUGUCUUCUUCCUGCCCUUCCUUGAGGGGGAUUUCUUCUCUUCGCAGGUUGAGGAUGGUGAGGAUGAGCAGCCGGAAAGGCAGAACAAUGAUUCUGAGCUCACUACUGGACUGACCCCCAUUUUUUCCUCCAUUUCUCCUUCCAUAUUACCCUCCACCCAUCCCUCCUCUCCCUCACACCACCUGCCUCCAGUAUGGCAGAACAGGACACUGCUGUGUGUUGGAGGGCAAGGUUAUUACACAGGCCUGGCUAUGUAUUACCAUUUAUUACUCCAAGUGCCCUGCUUCUUCAUCGCUGUGGCUGUCAUGUUGUUCACCUACUCCAAGAUCCUACAGGCCCUCAACAUUCGCAUUGGCUCCCACAUGAUGAGGAGUACACGUACAAAGGACUCCACCUGCAGGAUACGCUGCAGGAGGCGGAAGAGGAAGGACCUGAGCCUGCCCACAGAGGUAGUGUCCUCCAACCAGAACCAAAACCUCAACCAUCCUCCCCUCAUCCCCUCUCCUACCCCUACACCAACAUCACCCCCACCGCUCUCCUCCAUGCCCCAAGGGAUGUCUGACAGCGGUGCAACAGUCACUACUGUCAGCACUGCCGCCACCACUCCCAUUGCAACCACACCAGCCACCCCUGCCUCUCCAACCCCAGCUUCAGCUUCAACCUCAGCGCAGACCCAUGCCACCUCACCACUGCCUGCCUCCUCCAUGGGCGUCCAGGCCUCAGUUUCUGCCAUCAUCGCCUUGAGGCGUGCCGUGCGCAGGCACAGGGACCGCCGAGAACGUCAACGCCGUGUCCUGAAAAUGUCCCUAAUCAUCAUAUCUACCUUCCUGGGCUGCUGGGCCCCUCUGUCUGCAGUCAACGUUCUGAUCUUGUGUCUGGGUCCCAGCGAUGGUCUGGUGCGACUCCGCCUCUGCUUCUUAGCGAUGGCUUAUGGAACCACAAUCUUUCAUCCCCUGCUCUAUGCUUUCACCAGGCAGAAGCUGCGCCGCGCCCUCAAAACACGUGUCAAGAAAAGGGUAGUGUCCCUUCUGCAGGUGGACCCAGCUGUCAGUGGGGGGACAGUUAUUCAUAACUCCUGGGUGGAGGGGGGAGGCCAGAGGAAGAGUCGCAAGCCGCGGGUGGAGGCCAGCGAUGGCACUGAUCGAUGCCUCACGGAGGCAGUGAGGGAAUGACGCUGGUCUCAAGCGUGCACACGUGUGUUUGCAUGUGUGAGUGCGUAUGUGUGAAUUUGAAGGACUGUAUGUAUCUUACCAGUUUGCUAGAGAUGGAUCCUGUGUAUAUUUGUGCAUGGGUCUGACAGAAGUAAGAGCCAGUUUGUUUACAAAGGUCGGAACAAAUCCCAUGACCUCUGGUUCAUUGCAGAUGUGGAGACAGGUGAGUCCUGGGCUCUAAUUAGAGGCAGCUUUCUGCUCUCCUUACACAGACCCUCAUUAGUCCACUUCCUGAAUGACAAGGUGGCCACUGUUUCUCCAUGACAACACUGGCCAAGCAUUAUUAUCAACACCAUAGCCACUGCUAGUGUGCACCCCACGUGUAUGAUAAGGGUUAGAUCACAGCAAAUGCAUACAUCAUUGCUCCUGCGUGCACUUUCAACUUGCAUGUGCAUGUACAUGUGCACAGACACAUACACACACAUACAAACACAUACACAUACACACACAAACACUUAAUGCACACUGAUCUAUAUUUUAGUCAUUAUCUGUGAAAGCACACCAAUAUCUACCUGCACAGAUAUUCUCAGUGAGAAAAAUAUUAAUGGGAGUCUAUAUUUAUCUUUUUUUCCCUUAUUUUUUCAUGCCUUAAUUGAGUUAUUGAUAUAUUCUCAUGGUGCUGAAUGUCCUGCUGUAUGUUUACAACAAUGUAUCAGAGUGAAAGUGUUUGCACAUGCUGUAUAUGGUAUAGCAAAUUCUUGGCAGGUAAAUGCAUUCAGAUUCAAAGUUUACAGGCUCACGUGAAACUACCAGGGAACUGCAAAAAAACCUGACUCAGAUUUCAUUUCCAAUAAGCACCAUAUUUUAGAAGAAUGUGUGCAAGUUAAAGCUAAAAGGCAUGAUUUUUCUUUUCUUUUGGAAAAUAAACUUUGACAGUGAUGGCAAGGAUAUUUGUGUGACUGUGUUUGUAUGAUUACAAGUGUGCAUGUACAUGUCUGUUUGCGUGUGUAACAAGUGCGCAGUUGCAUAAAUGGAUAAACCAGCGUGUGUGUCCAUGAUUAUGUGCAAUAAAUCAUGAGCAAAGCAAUGACCCCUAGGAUGUGAACAAAGAAUGUGAACACAGAAUUGUUUGUUUUCUUUUUAUGCUUUAGAUUACAGGGGGAAGAGAGAAGAAAGGGGACUUAAUCUUCUGAUUAACAACAGAAGACCACUGGGCAUAAUACAAAAACAGAUUAUGUGGAGCAAUUGUAACUAUGUGUAUAUGACAGGCCACUGUAAUAUUAUUGAAAUUGUAUCACUUCAGUUUUAAAGCGGGAAUCAAAGGGCAAUAUUUUGUGAAAACUUCAUUAAAACUGUCACUGUAGUCAUUGCAGGUUGACUAGCAUCUUAAACCAGAGAAAUCCAAACAUGGAGAAAACAACCACUGACAUGGGACAUCUCCACAUGUUAGCUGUUUGUUGCUCUGGAGAACAGAGUCACUGCUUUUGGACAACACUUUGAAUGACUGCAGAGACAGACAGACCUAUCAGCUUCUGGACUGAGUCCUGGACAUGUUAUACUACAUCAGUAUCUCUCUUUCUCCUCAGGGCUUCAUGUCUCAUUUCCAGACAUGCUGGACAUAAAACAAUAAACCAGUCCUCAAUCUGCUGUUGUAAUAUGGGUCUUACAGUAGGUUAACGAUUUAUGUCGGUUAGUAGAUAAAGUACACUUUAAACUUUGUACGGGCUCAAGUCUUAGAGAGCUCCUUGGGCUUUGGGCUAUCCUCUCCUUCAUCCUCGCCCCUUUUACACUAUUUGUGAGCGACAGAAAACAGUAAUUCUUGUGUAUUCAUGUACAUUUUUCAGGGAUGUAAAUACUAAAGUGUCCAUUUUGAGUCUUAGUAAAAAAUAAAAAUAAAAACAAUAAUAUUUUUUUUUUUUUUGGUCACAAUCAUCUGCCGGACAGAAAAUCAGCCAUUGUGAUAAACUCGGAGUGAGUUGGAAAGUUACUGUAAAGAGAAAAUCCAUGUAAACGUAUUUGUGUUAAUACUAUAUGUGUGUACACUGUACUGUACAUUUAUGACCAUGUGUAUAGAGAAAUAUUAGUAUUGUAUAAGAUUUAUAUUGUGUGUUAUUGUAUAGCAGAGAACAGAAUCUGUAUUAAAAAGGUGAUCUAUCUAAGA